UGUUAUGUGUGGAUUAGUGCGUGUAGGCGUGAAUGGUCUAUUGAUGGCGACUGGUGAUAUUUCACAGUUAGUCUGUAAAUUAAUUAUGCUCCUCUUUUUGUUAAAACCUUGAACAGAAACUUUGUUUUUAGGGCACGAGACAGGAGUACGUGCCGUUAGAAUCGAAAUUCAAUUUCAUUAACGUUAAACACUAAAUUAAAAUUUAAACUAAACCAAGCCUACUACUAGUACUAAUAUAAGUGGUACGAUUAUUUAGUAGUAUUUGUACUAAGCUAUUUAGUUUGGCAUUAUCAUGCAUGAUUAAUAUAAUGUAACCUUGCUAAAUCCUUGUUAAUUUCAUUCAUUGAUCCUCUGGUUAGACUAAACACAGCGGCACAAGUGCAUCUUUUUCACACUUUGCAAUUCACUUAUCAAGUGAUAGUAGUAAAAGUUGAAACUUUCAGUUUCAGUACGUGCAAAUCUAAACCCCAAGACUGGCAAGAGUGAAAGAGAUACUAAUAGUCAUGCUUUAACUGAUUUAAAAGUCAAUGUCGUAUCGUAGUAAUAGUUGUAGUACUAGUAGAGCCAUUAGAGACUUAAUCAGUUAAUGGAUAUGCUGGACGAUGGGAAUUCUACAGCCGAUGACAUAAUACUUGGAACUGUCAAGGCUUACAUAAAAGAAAAUCAUUUCCAAGAACUUGAAGCUGUGUUACUUGCAGAAGAUAGCACAUGCCACUACUCUGUAUCACUACAUGCAAUGAGCUUGUUUGAGAAAAGUGUGGAUAUAGGAGAAGAACUUCUUGCAAGGCCACAACAAGUAUUGAAUCUUUUUGAUAAAGCCAUGGUUAGCACAAGCCAUGAUAUAUAUCAAAACCAUGAAUCAAAAGAGAAAAUGUGUUUGAAACAACAUCUACAUGCUCGGCUGACAGCCCUCCCACUUUGUGCAGAAAUCCAACGAGCAACAAUUCCAAAGGCAGCAGAUGUUGGUAAAUUCAUGUGUAUUACAGGUACUGUCAUUCGAUCAACAUCUGUUAAACUUCUUGAAUAUCAGCGACAAUAUACUUGCAAUAAGUGUAAGCAUGUGUUUACUGUUGAGGCUGAUGUGGAGCAACAUUUUAUUUUACCAAAACCAGCACGCUGUCCAAACCCUGAUGGCUGUGGAGGAAACAAAUUUUCCCCAUUGAACCGAGACACUGACAGGUUUGAUGUUACUGAAGUGGAUGUUGAUUCUGCACAUUGUGAUGUUGACACUGACAGGUUCAUUGUUACUGAAGUGGAUGUUGAUUCUGCACAUUGUGAUGUUGACACUGACAGGUUUGCUGUUACUGAAGUGGAUGUUGAUUCUAUACAUUAUGAUGUUGACACUGACAGGUUUGCUGUUACUGAAGUGGAUGUUGAUUCUGGACAAUGUGAUGUUAAUACUGACAGGUUCAUUGUUACUGAGGUGGAUGUUGGUUCUGCAAAUUGUGAUGUUGAUACUGAUAGGUUUGUUAUUACUGAAGUCGAUGUUGGUUCUGCACGUGGCACCGAUCUUGAUGGGCUCAUCAUUACUGAAAUGGAUGUUGAUUCUGCAAGUGAUACCAAUUUUACUAAUGUUACCAGUUUUAGAAAUGCUAUUAAAACUGCCUGUGAAGUUUAUGCAUCUUUGGAGGAUACAUUUAUCUAG